GACGCCAGAUAAACUUAGAAAAAAAAAAUGAAUAAUGUGAAUCCCAAAGCUGCUACCUGCUGGCUCGGAUGUUGCUGACGAGUAACGACUUACGAGUAAGGGAUCCAUAACCACACAAAAUUGAGGGAACCAUAAAGAAAGACCUUUAUAACGGAAACAACUUCAGAACCGAAAUGAAAAUGAUGAUAUGAAUCAAAGCGUAGUAGGAAAUGGCUCAAACAAUAUUCCACUUCAUUGGAACACCUCCUCUUCUCCCACCUUCAAAUUCCAAGUUGCAGUUGAGAAGGAAUCACGUGUUCCAAUGCCAGUGUUUCUCAAAUACAAGCAGUAACAGUAACAGUAACGGUAGCGCACCGAAUAGUAGAAGAAAGAGUUCUAACUCAGAAACCGAAACACCUCCGUUACUCAAAGCUGCAGUGAGUGCAGUGACGGAGCUCUUGAGGCUCUUAUCCCCUUCAAAUCAAGCAAGCUCUUUGAGCGAAGAUACCGAGGAAUUCCGAGAUGAAUUCCCUCUUUCUAGCGUUGAUGAUGUCCUGAACAUCAUCCAGUCUGAUUAUGACAAAGCUUAUUUUGUUACAGGAAACUUCACCAAUUCAAUUUAUGCCGAAAACUGUAUCUUUGAAGAUCCAACUAUUAAAUUUCGUGGUAGGGAGCUAUAUGCACGCAACCUGAAAUUGCUCGUUCCCUUCUUUGACUGUGCAUCAAUUAGACUGCAAAAGAUUGAGAAGGAUGUCGAUUCUGAAACAAACUUUGUGCUAGCAACUUGGAAACUAAGGACCAAUUUGAACCUUCCUUGGAGACCUCUGAUUUCAAUUGAUGGAAGCACAUAUUAUGAAUUAGAUAAAGAUUUCAAAAUUGUUAGACAUGUUGAGAGUUGGAAUGUUUCUGCACUUGAAGCAAUAUUGCAGAUUUUCACCUUUACCUCUGAAAUCACCGGUGUUUGAAUGCCAUAAAGUUGUGCAUUCACGUAUCUUUUUUAUUUGCAGCUGCUGACAGUCUACACGUAUCUCUUGUUUCUAUUAUUAAAGGAUAUAGGUGAAAUCAUAUCUAGGAUUUCUUGCAGCGUAUUUAAAAUUUUUGACAAAUUUCAACCACAAAAAAUAUACUUUACCCAUAAUAAAAUAAUUUUGAUACA